AUUUAAAUAUCAGCCUGAAGGCAGGCACGUAUAAUGAAGACCUGUUCCUUUAAUGGAAGAGAUCUAAAUUGGGAGCAAAGCAUGUGACCAGUUUUGCUAUCGUUUUAGCUAUGUAGCCUCAAUGACAUAAUUUAACCUUGGUUUUCCUGAUUUGCAAACUGUAGGGAAAAUAAUAAUGUCUUCUAACUUACUGAACUAUUCAGGAAAAGAAAAUGUAGCUGUGAAAAGUGCUCUGGGUUUCUUGGAAGAAAGGAGUGCUGUAUUAAUGCACGUUUUCAAGAAAUGAUAAAGAAAACAUCAAUAUAUCGCCAACCAUCCUUUCAUUACUUGAUGGAUUCAGAAGCUCAAGAAGAGACCAGAGAAGACUAUGAUGACAAGCAGGUGGUCACAGAGAUCCUGGCAAGAUGUUUUAUUCCGACCGUGAUAACAAAUAUUUCCUGGGAAAUCUUUCAUUUUAUUGGUCAUGAGAUUCGAAUUACUGAGGCCAUGGAUUGUUACGGUGCUGUUGUUUGGCCAUCGGCCCUUGUUCUAUGCUAUUUCCUGGAAACAAAUGCAAAGCAGUAUAAUAUGGUUGACAAAAAUGUGAUUGAAAUUGGAGCUGGAACAGGGCUAGUCUCCAUUGUGGCAAGUUUACUUGGUGCUCAUGUGACGGCCACAGAUUUACCCGAAUUACUUGGAAACCUGCAAUAUAAUAUUUCCCGAAACACAAAAAUGAAAAGCAAGCAUUUGCCGCAGGUUAAAGAACUCUCCUGGGGAGUAGCGUUAGACACAAACUUCCCCAGGUCUUCUAAUAAUUUUGACUAUAUUUUGGCAGCGGAUGUAGUCUACGCUCAUCCAUUCUUGGAAGAGCUCCUCAUUACCUUUGACCAUCUGUGCAAAGAAACCACCAUCAUCCUCUGGGCCAUGAAAUUCAGGCUGGAGAAGGAAAAUAAAUUUGUAGAUAGAUUUAAGGAGUUGUUUGACCUGGAGGAAAUUUCCAGUUUCCCCAGCCUGAAUAUUAAGUUGUAUAAAGCUGUGAAGAAAAACCAGAGGAGUGCAUGACAUCCUGGAUGAGGACAUGGAAAUGCUAAGGCAAUUUUUAGCAGAAAUUCACUUUAAAGAAAACCCUGAAUAAUCUCCUGUGCCACUGAGAUUCCCAAGGGGAACUACAUAGACACACAGACACACAUGCACACACACCCCCCACUAUGAGAAUAGAAGAUAGUUUCCCAAAUUUGCCUCACCCUGGGCAGUAAUAUUUCUAGAUACCACACUUGAGUCUGUAGGAGUAGUUUGUCUCUGUUAGAACCCAGGCCCUGCGUUCUACUCACACAGUAAUAGGAGCUCUUGGCAAAGUCACGCUCUGUUGUCAUUGUCUGCUCUCCUUAUUCCUUACCUCACCAUUUAUUAUUAUUAUUUUAAUCAAUGGUGCCAUUAUUAUUUUUUAAUGUAUAAUCACAGAAUGAUGGUUUUUAAUGAUAUCUCUUCAGUGAUCAUUGUUAUUAAUUCAUUUAAACAUAAGCUUAUGUGAUUCUUUCUUUAGAAAUAAGGAAAUUGACUACAGUGGUAUCUGCAAAUAAAUCCGAUCAGGCAGAUACAUAAUAUAAUGGUAAAUCUCAGACUUCUGUGGUUUUCAUGAGUGCCAGCUUAUAGGUGACCUAUCAUCUCUGCCUGGCAGAGUAGGCUUCUGAUGGAACCUCUGAAAUCAGUCAAGCUUGUGGAUUUCAGGUCAUGGACAAGAACGUUUUAUUCCACCAAAUGACAGAUGAAUGAAAGCAAACAAAAAUUGUUGAGAUUUUGGAGAAGUUAUUGUUUUGUUUUAAGCCAACUAUCAUUAUUUUGUAUCACAGAAACAGAAAUAAGUAUAAACACUUUGAGUUAAAAAUACAUGUGAAAAGAUUUAGGUCUCUGAACUCAGAUAAUCAGACAUAUAGCUGGUUUUAAAGUUUAAAGCUCUUUUGAUGAACAUACAUACAUCUAGAUAUUUAAAAUACUAUGUGAUUUUUUUUCACAUAGGCUUUCCUUAGAGACUAGAAUAAAGUCUGUAGUUAUUGAAGUCAGUGAAAAAAGAGCUAAGAAUUAGGAUUUUGUACUAUGUAACCACCUAGAUGACACUGGUUGGCAAUUACUCUGCCGUGUUCCCAGCAACAUUUUUUAGGCUGUUACUGGGCCCUUGGGGUGAUACUUUCCUUUAUAGAUUUAGUCCUUUCUGCUUUGCUGAAAGUUUUCUGUCCACUCCAGGGUGAGUAUAGUUGAAAAGAAUAUUUUCUAGGACUCUGAUCAGUAAGUCAGGAUACAAAUAUACUGCAGUGUAUUUUUUAUUUUUAGUACUUGUAGUUCAUAGGACCAAUAUUUACAUGGAUCUUUGCAUUUUCACAGUCUUACUUACAUAAAGUUAUUUAAUCCUCAAUCAUUCUAAGAGGCAGAAGCUAUGUUAUCCCUACUUCACAGUUGAAGAAACUAAGGCUGAGAUGUCCUCAGGCUACACAUCUGCAGAGUGGCAGUGCUAGGGCAUUCAAGCCCAGGUCUGUUUAAGCCCAAAGCCUGUAUUAACCACUGCACUGUCUUUAUAUAUUUAAAACAACAAUUUUCAAACUUUUAAAAACAAGUGAAGUCAUUUCUUCAAAAUGAAAUACAUAUCCAGAAAGAUAAGCAAAUGCAUUAGAAAAAAAUGAGACCUGUUCCAUUUUAAAACUUUUAUUUCCUAUGUGAGGAGGUCAGGGAAGGCUGGUUUCGAAGGCAAUAUUUAGGUGAAGCUGACAGGAGGUAGCAGUGCAGAUGUCUGGGGAAAGGUGUUAACAGGCUGAAGGAACAAGACACAGGGAUCCUGAGGCAGGAGCCACCAGUCCUCUGGAAAUUUCAAAGGCCAGAUUGCUUGGUGCAGAGUGAGCAGGAAUUCAGAAAGGCUACAGGGAGCUAGGACUGUGUUGCAGGCUUGGUUCUCCAGAAACAGACUCUGAGAGGGAAUUGGGUGAGCAGGUCAUGUUUUAGGGAGUGCUGUUAGAUGAAGACAAAUGGAAAGGAGUGGCAGGAAGUAGGAUAGAAACAGAUCGAGCUGCAGUACAGGCCCAGUAACUGUCUGAGGUGACCCCCACAUGGAACACUGGCCUGAGAGUGGCCUCUGCAGUUGUCCUGAUUGGGGUGAUGUAUCUGGGCCUUGAUGACCCCAUGUGGCCCAGUCAUUGGAUAUGAGGUGCCCUGGGAAGACUCUGUGACCUUGGGUGAGGUGACAUCAGCUGAUAUAGUCUUGAAGACGUUGACAGCUGGGGGAUGCCUACUACCACCUCCAGCAGCAGGGGAUUAGGUCACCCUGAAGAGGAGCUGGGCGGCUUAUCACAGGGUGCAGCAUGACCUUUAGGCCUCAGAAAGAGCUCUGGCUUUUCUUCCGGUGGGAUGGAGAAUCUUUGGAUGGUUUUGUGAGUAGAGGAGUGAAGUAACCUUUUCCCAUGUAAAGACCACUCUGGCUAGCAUUUUGAGACUAGAAUGGGGAGAGAUGAGACCAGGGAGAGGCUGCGGCAAUCUGAUGAGGCAGCCUGCAUUGGGGUGGCAAGAAAUGGCCAGUUCUAGAUGUAUGUGGCUGCCAGAUCCAACAGAUCUUCCCACUAUAUAGUGUGUAGAGUGUAUGGGAAAGAGAGUCCGGCUGAGUCACUGUGCAUAAAUUUAGAGUCAACAGCUUAGAGAUGGCUUAUGAAGCUCCUUCAGGGGACCAAAAGACUAGACAGAGAGUGAAACAAGUACUAGGCCCGAGUCAUUAAGAGAUCACAUAUGGGUGUGUACAUGGAGAUAAUUUUGAAGACUCUACACACUCUCCCCUACUCCAGUUACAUGAGUAUCUGUUGACUCUAAAAAACAUGAAUUUAACACCACAGUGGUUUUUGAACUUGGCAGUGGAGUUCUAAAGUUCCCGAAAGCUUCCUCGAGAGGCUUCUAGGGGCCUGAGAGUUGUAAAUGCAGCAGGAACCUUCAGGUAACAAAUGGAAAUUAUUCCUCUGCUUAGAAAAUAUUUGAAUAUCAUUACUAAAUUAUUUUUAGGUAGAAUAGAUAAAGUGUCUUUUCAAAUUUAGCAUUAGGACCAAACCAACCAUACAGUUCAGAAAAGUUCCUCUUUCUCUCUGUGCCAAUCCGUCAAACACAGCGUUCCAGACUCACUGUUUUAUUCUGUUUUUAGCAUUCACUCCCCAAGUGUAACCCCCACCCCCACACACCAGGUCCCUCUUUUUCUACUUCAUUCUACUGUUCACUUCAUUCUUUAAUUCUUUUAUCUUUUUGCUGCAGUUUCUCCAUACUUUUUUAGAUCCAAUUUUAUAAUAAUUUCAAAAGAUGUAAUUGGAAUAGGCCUUUUCUACCUUACCUUUUUUUUUUUUUUUUUUUUUUUUUUUAAUGACUGGGAAUCGAUUUGUUAACUUAAUCCAAGGGAGUUAUACCAUGAGGUUUUGCACUUUUUUAUCUGGCUUUUUGACAAGUUAGACUAUGUUAUUAAAAACCUCGGUCCAAUUCUUUCAGUAACUUUCUGCAUUUCCAAUAGCAUGAACUUACGGAUUGUCAAGGUUUUAAUGUAGGAUAUUACAGAAGAGCUAUCACUCCACAGAAGACACCCCAACUGGCAGGGCAUUCUCUGCAGCUUAAAAUUACGCACAGGUAACCGUGAGAGUUCUGUUCUCUAGACCGCAUCAGCGGUCUUUUGGAAACUAGGUACUGCACUAAAGCCUUCUAUCUUGGAAUGUAAUGAUGUAUCCCUUUUAUUUGUACCCAUUUUUGUCUACCAGAAUUUAUUUUAAAAAGUUGUUUUUUCAUUCCAUAUUCAUACUCUGUUCCCAUUCUUUUGGAUAAAGAAUUGGUGACAUUGGGUAACUUCCUAACGUAUCUGCAGCCAAAUAGAAUAUUGAAUAUUAUGGAAGACAAAAGAUGAGGAAACAACAGAAGAGGCUGUUCUCUUUUUCCAUUAAGGCCUCAGAGCCUAGGAGCUUGGCGUUCUCAGUGAAUGCCCAGUCUUUAUAGAGAGAGACCAUGCCUCCUUUGCACAUGAGCAGACAAAUAAUUUCUGAAUAUCAUUUGGAAGUGAAACAUAUCUGCUGAGUAGAAUUUUGAUUCAAGAAGACAUUUGCGGGUAUUAGCUUUAAAAACAAGCUAGGGACUUUGGGUUGUAGAUAGUAGAUAUAAAAGAAUUAAACUCAACCAUAAGUAAAUCAGACGAGUAAGCUAAUUGGUAAGACUAAAAUAGAUUUAAUAUUCUGUGCUUCUUUCUGCUUCAUUUUAAUUUAGUUUUCAUGGAAAUCUGUAGGUGAAGGAAAUUAAAAUGGUCAAAAAUAUGCAUUUUUAAGACAUAUAAAUUAUAAGGCAGUAAUAGGAAAUAAAAUUGGGAAUGGAGCAAGUGAAUAAUUCGCAAAAGUGUUAGUGGGAAUACAGACACAGCAAAAUUUUAAAAUUAUAGGCAUUUGUGUUAGCGUGUAAGUGUGUGGACCUAGUUCCUUCUGUCUUCUUUACGAAGCCUGGAAGUGGUUUGUGAAUGAGUUCCAUACCCAGGUAUUGCCAUGUUUGAGUUUGUGACAUGAAGUUAAGUGUAGGAUAUUACCUGCAAGUCCAGUGUCAAUGUUUGCUCUCCUUCGAAGUUCUACACAAAAUCAAAGACAGCGCUCUGUAUAACUAUACCAUAGUGUUAACGGGAUAGUUGUGUCUUAGGUGCCUUGGUUAGCAUCAGUUAGUUCUGAGGUCACAUUAACUCCUUUUUGAAGAAUUCCCGAGCUGGACAUUUGUGUUUACUCAGAUCUCAUAUAGCUGAGUAGUAUUUAGAUUGCUGGGCAUACACUAUUGACUGCUUAUUUGAUUGAACCAACCUUUGGUCUCUAUCACGAGCGGUGCUUUUAUUGGGUAAGCUCGAAGGCAGGAUUUUUUCCUCUCAAUUUUCUCAUUUUUUUUUUUGUUUCUAAGGCAGUUGUCUUUUCCUGAAAUCCAAUCAAGUUUUAGAAUUGGCACUUACCAUCAAGGAAUUUCAAGGGAUCGCUAAAAAUGAUAACAGAUGUCCAGGUCAGUUUUGUGAUAAACGGUACUAAUGAAAAAAACAUGGAAAAAUAUUGAAUAUUUGCUGCUGACCACGAACACUUUACCAGACCAAAACACAUUUCUUGGUUUUCCAAACAAAAGCACAAACAGAGUAAGAUUAAAACAUGCCAUUAAAAAUAUUUUAAGAGUUGGGCAUUAUUUCAUGAUGCCACAAAUGUAAGUCUAAAAAUUUUAAAGUGACUUACUUGGCAAAUGCUAGAUUUUGUAGUUUACAUUUUAAAAUUUCUAUAUUUCCAUUCUCCAUAGUCUGUAAUGCCUAUAUCUUUGUUUUAAUUUUAAAUUAACUUUACUGAAUUAAAAAAAAAAUUGUUAGUGUCAUGAUUUAAUUUGGGUUUUCUUAUCUACUUCUGUGUUUUCUUUGUUAGUAGAGUGUAAAUCAUAAUGACAAAGGUUGUCUCUUUGUCACAAACUAUCAUAAAUAAGCCCAAAGGACAGGCCAUAAAAAUGUAAGAAAUUCUUAGAUUAAAAAGCAUGAGUAAUGCUUCUACCUACCUGGCAGGCACAGGUAAAAGUACACCUGGCAACUGGUAAAUUAUUAACACUUUUCUACCAAGGAUUUCCUCCUUCCUUAGUAUCUCUGUGAUUAAUAGAUAGUGAAUUUAAGAAUUAGAAGAUGUAAAACAUAAUAAGUACAUUUUGUGAUCACGUAUUGGGAAGAAAUUAAGGAAACAUUUUGUGCAACUUUCAAGGGGUCAAGGGAACAAAGUGCUAGAACUUUUGGGAACAGAUUUCAUAUUUUCUUUGAAGAAAUAAUUCAAGGAGGCUUAAAGGGAAUAAGAAUGCAACUAUUAAUUAAUGCACAAUAAAUAGAAUAAUGAAUGCAACUACCUUUUACUUUCCUUGAAUUUUAGUUUUUCUUCUUUUGGAAGCCUCUAAUGGUUGUCAUUCAUUCAUUUAUUCGACAUUUACUGAAAACCCACGAUGUGCCAAGCAGGGGCUACAGACACAAUAGUGAACAGGCAGACAGGGCCAGUCCUCACGGAGAUCGUGAGCUCGGCACAGAUGGGCAGAGGCAGAGCUGGGGAUGGCCUGGUUGGGGAAAUACAUGAAAACCAAUCAGUGCUACGUGUCCUGGCAGUGGGAGCCUAACCUAUAACCAGGGAAUAGUUAGGGCUUCCAAGAGAAGGUGUAGCUGCAUGAAGGAGAUGGAGGUGAGGGCAGAGAGGAGAGAUGGGACAUGUCCUAGGCAGAAGGAAGGGUGUGCGCUAAGCUUUGGAGGCAAAUAGGAGUGACCUGUUCUGAUGACUCACUAGAAAGAUUGUGGCUUUUAUGAACCUUUGCUGAAGUAAUAACCAUUAUCAGUGGAAUACUCACUACUUUCAGGUCUGUUUUUAGAGAUUUCCAGUAUAGCAUCUCACAGAAUUAUCCUGACAACCCAAGUGGCAUUAACCCAGUUUAUGUAUGAAGAUAUUGAAGCUUAGCAGAAAUAAGCCUCCUCCCAGGUUACACAUGGGUGGCAGUUGUUAGGAUGGGAACCUCUGUCCCUAUGACACCCAAGCUUGUGCUUUUUACAGAGUAUGACCUUGUGUAAGUUUUCCACUCUGAGCCCUGCAAGGAAAUUCCAAAUUUUAAUUUUAUUCUAGCUAAUUUGGAGCUAUCCAGUUUUGUGAACCUUGUGUUCGUUUGCCGCCUGAGCACAAAUUAGCUUAAGUGGCCUACUCUUGAGAUGUACCUGCAGAGAUGUACUCCUGUUCAUAAUAUAUCCCCAAGAGCAGAAUUUUAUGAAUCCACUUAUAUACCCAGCAAAGACUUCACUAAGUUUUUCUUUGCAAGGAAUAUUGAGCACAUACUAGAGCAAUUAAUAUAAAGGUGUAUGUUGAUCUUAAAACAACCAGCGUGGGGAGCGAUAAAGACCCUAUUAUAAAAAGGAGGUGCCGCAGUGGAAGCAACCGCUGUUCUUUUUCUUCGGCAACAGCUCAGGAAGAACAAAGUGAAUGAAGUGUGGGCUGCCCUCGGGUGACUUUUUGGCAGAGAUGGCCAAGGGGGUGGGACUGAACUUUAAAACAUCUGAUCUGUUUGUGGCUGUGUUCUGUGAACGGUGCUGAUGUUUAUAGGUCUGUUACUAGGCGAUAACUCCCUGCCUCAGCAGGAUUAAGCCCUGGGGCGAUGUGAGAACACCAGUUCUUGGAAACCACCUUUCACAAUCUUUCAAAGAGAGGGCACACAUUGACCAGGCAGCAUAGCUUUCCAAUGCGAAAGAGACCUGGUGAGAACCUGGAAGGACACCAGCACCUUCCGCAGCAAAGGGCUUGUCUAAGUGGAAGUGAAUGGCCUUUGGCGCCCAUUAGCUUGAGGUUGACCAGGCACCUCUGUCCCUGGAGGGUGAUAUUGCAGAGUAAGCCAUAAACCUUGGCUGGAGCCCUCCAACAGGUGACGGGAUGUAAGCAGAUGCAGCAGCGGGGCGGUGGGCAGGUGGUGGUGGGGGGGGUUGGCUCGGCGAGCUGCCAUGAUGUCAGAGCCUGUCCUGCUGUCCUGUGAGCACGAUGUGCAGAGGAUAGUGCUGACUGCCAGGGGAGAGCAGAGGCAAGGCAGCUACUGAAUAUUCCAGAAUAGAGAGGAGGGAAAAUGUAUUUAAAACAUCUUGUGGGAAAUGGCUACCCAGCGCAGGCACAACUUCAAAAGUAGGAUGGUAAAAAUGGAAACCUGAGGGAGUAACCCCAAGGUUAUUGAGGAAAGCAGUCACAGGAAAGAGAAACAGGAUGUUUCUCUCUGAUAGUCUCUUUAUUUUCCUUCUUUCUGGCUGAUUUUUGAGCUGACCGGCAAAGCCUGAAGGCCGCUGAUUGUCAUCUCUACGAAGCAGGUGACUGAAGAUGGAGUUUGAUAAAUGCAAGAAGUCAAAGCCAACAUCUGAGGAAAUUUCAGCUGGGAAACUGAUGCAAUCUCUCUUAGAUGAAAUGCUUGCUUUGGUUCUGUUUCAUGUUCCUACCAAGCAGGUGAAAUUCUAAGUAUUUAGAUACCAUUACCCCAGAGGUCUCAGAAUAAAAUUCCAGUCUGAAAUUACAGAUGAUUGCCACUGGGAGGCCCCGGUGAUCUGCAAAAUGAAAUUUCCUUCUGAAUAAAUAUGUGAAAAUAAAAGAAA